AAUUCCUUCUCGCACAUUCUCGCUAGGUCGAACAUCACCAAGAGAAGUUCAGCAACAAGUAUCAUCAAGAGUUAUAGUGAUACUUUCAUGAUGAAUACACUCGCUGCCAAUCCUUUUGUUGCUCUCAAGGCUAGUUCUCUCUCUUUCGGUCCUUCAAUUUUCAACCAAACCAAUGUUCGUUUCAGAAGAGUUGUUCGUCACAACAAGCUCGUCACUGGAGUUAAAAGUCUCAAGACUAAAACAUCAGCUAAGAAACGUUUCAGAAUCACUGGUUCUGGUAAGAUAAAACGAAAGCAAGCCGGCAAGCGUCACCACGCCUGGUCAAAGAAUAGAAAAAGACUUAAUAGAUUGGGUAAGACUGUUUUGGUUGUUUGCAAAGGUGAUAAGAAGAAGCUCAAACGUUUCCUCUCAUUUAAAAAGUAAAUAACUAAUGUUGUGAUUUUGGAAAAUAUGUCACGAUGCAAAUUAUUGGUUCAAGUUUUAACAUCUACAGAAUAUAAAAGAAAAUAUUUAAAU